GACGAUAUAGAUUUGAAAUUUCAAUCCCACAACAAAGAACGUUGGCGCCAGAGCCGGUAAAACAGUAAUCUGCCAUCUUAAAUCGCGCUCAAAAGGCAAGACAUUCGGAGUAUUGUGAAAAGCUGCUUGUUGUGCGUAGAUUGACAAAUGCUAUGUAGUGGAAUGUGCGUACAAAUUUUCAGUGGACAUGUGUAAAUCAUUAGUGCCGCAUGCCUCAUCCCAGCGUCAUCUUCACUUGCAAAACGAUUACAACGAAGGAUAUGCAGCCCGAAGGACGUCCUUCUCUUAAACUUUUGGAGAUUUAACAGUGAUUUAUACGUGCUAUCAUCUGGUGACAUAUUUUGAACUUUAACCAUCAUGGAUCCUUCUAUUUUCUUUGGUCGAUCUCGUGUUACAAGGCAGACUUCUAAACCUAAGCAGCUAUCGACUGACAAAGAGAAUUUGAAGAGCGAGGUUAAAUCAGUGAAAAAGAAAACUACUGUUAACCAGAAAGGUAGCAAAGGAACAUUACGUGAGGUGAGAAAUGAAGCCAUUCCUACCCGUAGAAAUGCUGUCAGGGGUGCGUCUCAAGUUGGUGAGAAGAGUGUGAAAAGUAAUGAUGGUGCUGUUGUAAAUUCAGAGAAAAAGGUUCAAGAGAGCAAAACAAGGAAAACAGUCCGCUUUACUGAGGAUGAUUCAAAUAAUGCUGACACUCAGGAAGUUUCUUCUGGUCCUGUGUAUAAGAAUGUACGCAGGUCAGAUGUAAGGGAUGACCCUGUUGAUGAGUAUGCUUUUGAUGAGAGUGAUUCUUCUGGUGAGAGUGCUGCUCCAACCAAGAAAAAGAGAAAGCGACAGCCGCAGAAGAAGAAAUCUGCUAAAAGUGUUGUCAAAUGGGACCCAUCCAAAAAACCUGUUGUUGUGAAGCCCACCAAACCUAAGAAGUCCAAACCAAAUGAAACAGAAGUGACAUCUGUGACUUCUAACAAGACAACCAAUGUGAAAUGUAAAGGAGCUCCAAGCUUAACCAAAGAACCAAUUCUAACUUCGGAAGACAGGGGAGCUCACCGCGACAAACUUUGCUCUGCUUCAACCAAGCAACAACUCCUUCCGUCUAAACAGAAGGAAACAAUAUUAAAAGAACCUCCAGUUGAUACUUCUUUAGACUUUGAAGUUGAUAGCCACUUUACAUCAACUCCAACAACAGGAAAAGCUCCAUCCAGACUCAUUACAAAACAUGUUGGAGGGAAGAUAGGUGCCAUAUUAACUCCCAAUCAAAAAAAUAUAGUGUGUCAAACUUCAGCAAGUGUCAAGUUGCUGAAUGAAAUUCAAACUACGUCACCAGUUUGCAGUUCUCCAUUGGCUUCCUGCUCUACUAGCAAUAAAACUUCAUCCACCAAGCAAACACUUGGCAAAAAACCUGAUACUAAAUCUGUGGAAGCCAAAAUAGCAAAUGUGUCAUCACAUAUUGAAUCUACUGUUAAGAAUAAGCUGAAGUCAACACCAUUCCUCACACCUGUCAGAAGUCCAUGUAUUUCAAUACCUAGCAUUUGUGUGAGAGAGAGUCCAUCAUUUAUGGAAACUGAACUUGAAGUGCCAAUUGAAGCCUCACCAAUUUCAUGUUCAUCUCUGCCGACAAAACCACUAAGCAAUAUCCCUGCCUCACCUGUGACACGCUCCAUGACUUCUGAAAAUUGUAAUGUAUUGAGCUCAACACCAACACCUCAGUUGGCUGCAACGUCAUCAUCACCAAACAAUGGAUCAGUUUCAUUAUCGCCAGCUGCAGCAGAAGAACCAUCACUUCAAUCUGCAGAUAUUUCAAAGCUUUUUGAUGAUCUUCCACGAACUUCUGUAAUACCCACUCGCAUGUUUUCUACCCAUCGAGGGACUAUAUUUAGACCUGAAGUAGAUAACAACGUUAACAAGAGAAAGUUACCUGAGGUAUCCCCAAGCAAAAAACUAGCUGGUCCAAGAAAAACAACUGUGAAAUUUUCUGUUCCCCAAACUUCCUCUGGUCUAGAUGACUGUUUUGGCUUUGAUGAUGAUGAUUCACCAUUCAUACCCAAAUCAAAUCCAAUACCUAGACAUGUAAUGGCUCCUGAGGAGGGGAAACCUAAAAAGCCUAAUCUGUCCAUACAAGAUGUUCAAGCUCUUAUUAGGGGGCAGUUGCAGCUUGUCUCACCUUCAAUUAGCACCCCUCGUUCAAUUCAAACAAAACUUACAGACUUUGUAAGUUCAACCCCAUCUACAAGAUCUAAACAAAAACCAACUCAGGGUGUCCUCACUCCUACACCUGUACCUUUGUUUGGAGAGGAAAAUCUUGACACUGAAUUGACAUCCCCCUUUACUCAACUCUCAAGGCGAUCUUACGACAGAUUUCGACCUGCCAAACGGAUUGCCUGUGGAGAUGAGGUACUCUCUGGUGAUGAAGCGGAUGAGAAUGAUGCAAAUCAAAAUACAACUGAGACUACUGGUGUAGAAAUCAAAAAGAAAAGCCGGUCUUAUAAAAAGAAAAAGAAGCCAGAGGAAAAACAACUGGAUACCUGGGCCCAGCAGAUGGCAUCACACUUUGAUGAAGUAGAAGAUGUAGAACUGGAGAUUAAGUAGUUUUUCAUCUCGAUGAAGACUAAAAGAUUUUUCAUUAUUGUUAAUCUUGACUCAAGCAAAUUUACAAUUUAUUUUCAUGUUAAAGUUAAAAAUAGUCUAAAAUUAAAAGUAUAUAGACAUUUUGUACAAAUAUGAAAAGUAGGUGCUGUUCUGCGCAGUUUCUUUUCUUACAUAAAACACUUCUCAUUGUAACUAAAAUUAUUGUUUCCAUUUUAUUUUCAGAAGUUUAUAAUUUAAAAUUUAUCCAGUUAGUAUAAUGUGUUUUGAGGAUAGCAAUUUGUUGUAACUUCCUUAGAAGUUGGUAACAUAUAUCCAUCUAGUAUCAAAUGUGUGCCUUUUGAUAUCAUUCAGAUUUCCAUCGUUACACUUGUUCUGUCCUCUUUAAAAGUCAAAGUGUAGUAUAUUGUGUAAUUGUAACCUGCAUGUCCUUAAUUUACCUUGUGUAGUAUUCCAUUUUUCUUCAGUAUUCUUUGUAUUCUAAUUGUUAAGCUUGUGCUUCUUUACCUUCACCAUAUGAUUAUAUUUUUGUAUCCAAUCUUGCUAUAUUUUAUUAACAUUCAGUUAUUAAAAUCACUUAUGGCAAAGCUGGUGGCCAUAUGAAACAAAGA